CCCGAAGGAAGAGCUGCUGCGUGGAUGAGGAGGGGUGGAACCAGAACCCCGGAGAGUUCGAAGGGGCGGGAUACGGCCGGGACUGGUUGCUAAAGGCGGUGGGCCACUUGCGUUGAUCCAGGGCUGCAAAGUCCUUGCUUCCGCGGCUCCCCCGUUGUCAUGGAACUCACGAGUAGCAACAUUCAGGUGUUGAGAGAGAGGUCUGUACACAAUGAGUUGGAGAAACACAGAAGGGCCCAGCUACGGCAUUGUUUAGAUCAGUUGAAGCAGCAAAUCUCCACAAAUACAGAGCAUUCUCGUUACACAAUGCUUAGUCUCCUGCAUCGUGCCAGAUUGCACAUUAAAAAGCUAGAACACCAGGAACAGAAAGCCCAACAAGUGAAAGAGAGGCUACGUUGUGAGCGGCAGAAUUUGCACCAGCGCUUAGAAGAAUUGCAAGCCCAUCUGAAUACGGAACAGGCAGAAGCAGAUAGCCUGGAUUCUCCUCGGUUCUCCUCUGAGCAUUCUGACUCAGAAGAUGAAGUGGACAUAGAAGGCCUGGCAUGUGCUAGCAUUGGAGAUGCCAUGGCUGCCUUCAGUACUCAGCAGGAGCACAGCUACUCCAAUGUCAGCAACUUCUGGUUAUGGACAGAAGCUCAGUUAGGACAGCAUUCAUCUAGACAAGCUUCAAACUUUUCAGAAAUUACUUCGUGGCAGGGUAACUGAUACAUGGUCUAUAAGACUGUUUUCUGUAAGUAAAGAGGACCCCCCCCUUUCUUACAAAAAAGACUAUGCACCUCCUCAUCAAACCAAGUCUUGCAUGUCUACCUUCUUCACAAAACCAACUAGGGCAGUUAAGAGAGCUACAUACUGAAGCUGGCUAACUUUACAUGUAACACAUGGUGGCAGGAGAAAGAAGAGCGAGGUUUCUUAACAAUUGAUAUGUACUUGGUUGGAUAGCUGCAUCUUACACCCCGCCCUGGUUUAGGUUUGUGGAUCAGGCAAGUUCAUUCUGCAGACUUGGGCUGAUGAGGACCUCUAAGCAUUUUAAAAGAUACACUUAGCUCUUAACCACAGGGAGGAUUUUUAAAAAUCCAUAUCACAAGUAAAUGCUAUGCUCAGGGUUUUUUUUAUAUGAAAUGGGUCUUGCUGUUGAAUGGACAAAUAGUAAAAUUUUGCUUCAAGAGUCCUUUUUCCAUUGCAAAAUCUAAGUUUUUUGAUCUUUUGACUUAAGUGAACACCUUAAGAUAUGCUCAGUGGGUUUUUGAUAAGUAUUUUUAAUUGUAACCUAACCUAAGUAAUUUGUAGCAUUUAUUCACCAAUAGUUACCAAUUCUCUGAA